AGCAAUUUAUUUGGCGCUGAACAAAAUGAUUUCGGUGAAGUCAGAGCUAAAAGUGCCAUUAACAGAGGAAGAAACGAGCAAUAGCUCGUAUCACGCCCUACAAUUACUAGAUGAACAAGGAUCAGAAAAUCAAAAGGACAUGCUUAGAAAUGGGCGCGUUGUUCCCUUGGUGGAAGAUGAAGAUUUACCCUGCGGUAGCGCUUGUGAUGAUGUUUGCAAACAAGGAACGGCGAUGGAUCGCAUGGAAGGAAAAAGUAGCGGUACUCGAUCUCUUUAUGACUGUAUUCAUAAUGGAAGGCUCGAUCUGAAUGAGGCGGCGCGUUUUAUCCUGAAGGGAAAACGGAAUGGGACAUUCAGCCAGGCUAUGUAUGACGAGUUCGUAUCCGAAGCCGCUACGAAGGUCCAUCACUAUGCAAACAAUGGAAUGCUGGACCUUCAUGAUCCUUUUUUAGAGAUGAGAUUGAAUUCUAUUGGGACCUUCAUGAUGAGUCAGAUUCAAUGCGCAAAGCUGGAUCGACUGAUCCGUGUUUUUGAAGCACGGGAAAAGAGCAACACCAUGAAAUCACCUACUCCUACAAUGUCACUCAAGAAUUUGUCGAAGAUCUGGAGACUUGAAGGACCACCACCAUUCAUUACGGCUGAGCUGCCAAAAAUGCUGGCAAACUACAAGUUCAAAGAAAGUGACAAUGCAUUUCAAAACUUUGCAUCACUCUUUCGAUAUAUUCUACAGAGGAUAACCUCUCCACCUGUUCGAAUACAAGAGUACGCGGUUAGAUUGAAUGGUAGACAUGGUAAAAGAGAAUGUCUGAUGAGCCUACCAGUGGAAAUUGAGAAUUUGCUGCUAGAUUUUGCUGAAGACCUUAGUGGUCUUGGACAUAACGAAUUGAAAGGAGGUGUCGUGGUGAAUCCAGCGCAUUCAAGUUUUUUCAUGAGUCUUGGAGAAACUUACGAAGAGAGGAGGUGCAAAUUAGAGCAACUAACACAACAAAGAAUUGAGCUCAGAAGUGAAAUAUUCAAGGGAUUGCAAUUGGCUUUAAGAGAUGUGAGAUCAUAUAGUUACGACGAAGAUAGGAAGCAAUGGAUCUCCAAUAAAAAAACCAAAAGGGCCCGUGUUGAAAAUGACGAAGAAUGGUCACAAGAAGUCCUGUGA